CUACCAGCCCAGCUGUCAGCUCCCUUCCUGACUUCCCCACCCUGCCCCCGGUACCAUGGCGUCCACCGAGGAGGACGGCACGGUUGAAGAGAAGGAAAACAACAACAAGAAGAGAACGAAAAGCGCCCUCGCUACCGCAUGGCUCACUUUCUACAACAUCGCCAUGACCGCCGGGUGGCUGGUUUUGGCUAUGGCGAUGAUGCGCUUCUACAUUCAGAAAGGCACACACAAGGGUCUGUACAGAAGUAUAGCAAGGACACUCAAGUUUUUCCAGACCUUUGCAUUAGUUGAGUUGGGACACUGUGCCAUCGGGAUCGUGAGGACUUCUGUGAUUGUAACCGGGGUUCAAGUGUGUUCACGGAUUUUCAUGGUUUGGUUCGUCACCAACAGCAUCAGACAGGUCCAGAGUGAAGAGAGCGUAAUCCUAUUCCUUGUUGUGUGGACGGUGACAGAGAUAACCAGAUAUUCUUACUACACAUUCAACCUGCUCCACCACCUGCCGUACUUCAUCAAAUGGGCCAGAUACAACCUCUUCAUCGUCUUGUACCCCCUGGGUGUCGUUGGGGAACUGCUGACCAUUUAUGCUGCUCUGCCGUUCGUACGCAGAUCUGGAAUGUACUCCAUGAGGCUGCCCAACAUCUAUAACGUGUCGUUCGACUACUACUACUGCCUCAUCGUCGUCAUGUUGUCCUACAUCCCACUGUUUCCUCAGCUCUACUUCCACAUGCUGCGGCAGAGAAGAAGGGUGCUUCACGGGGAGGUCAUAGUGGAGAAGGACGACUAGACAAGCCACCGCCUCAUGCCUUCAUUUGAGCCAGCCUGCCUCCACAUCACCCUAACCUCCCCCAAUUCGUCUCCACCUCAUCUUUAGCUGUUACAUAAACCAUCGGCCGUUACAUUCUUCAUUGCACGGGACCGGAAGAGCCGCACAGAUGACAUCCUUUCUGACGAGAGCGACAGUCAGUGAUAAUCAGAAAGAAAAGGAGUUCAUCAGGACUGAGCAAUAAUAACAGACCCUAAGUAUUUCUUUAUAGAAUUAAUUCCUAUCCAAGUGGUAAGAUUGGAAUCAUGUUUACAGUCCCAGUGUUGCUGGAGCCGACGAAGAAGCCUGAUGUUGUGUCUCAGCACAGAGUUCUUUAUUCACCCACCAGCUUACUUCACCAUGUUGCACCGAGCCACAGCAGAGCCACAACACUGCACACUCCUGUCUGAAGGAGAAAGAGGCAAAUGAGAGGCUUCCAGGGAAAUGUCAAAUGAAACACGGGAGGAAGACUGUAAGUUAUGUCUCCCCAGUUGUCCAAUAACCUACCCGAUUGGCAGUUUUAUUAUGUUUAUUCCAGUAAAGUGAUUUUAUACUGACACAGUGUGAGUGUAACAAAAUGAGUUUCAAAAGAGAGAAUAUUCAUAGUUCUAUCAUACCUCAACAAUAAAUCUACAUUUAGACAAUA